ACGCAGAGAGAAAUACAAAAAGCUGUUGGUUGUAAACGAGCAGCAGACAUGUUAAUACUGUGUAACAACAAAUAAUCCGGAUUUACUGAGAUGUUUUUGUCCUCAGCAUUCUGAAACUAAUCCCAUAUAACAAAAGUGUUUUGUGCAACUUUUCAUUAUUAUCAUGCAAAAGGAGUUCAAUAAAUCUCUAAGGAUGAGUCUUGCUGCAGGUGUGUGUGAACAAGCAUGUCGCUGAUCGUGUUUGUGUUGGUGGCUCGGCUCAGGGAUGGACUCCCUCUGUCCGCCUCCACUGACUUCCAACACAGCCGAGAGCUGCAGAAGAGGAAGCAGCAGAUCCGCAGCAUUUCAAAAUCACUGAACUCGCUUCCUGAGAGAGGGAUCAUCAUGGGCCAUGAGCUCAAUAUCUAUUUCUUCACGUCUGAUGGCGUGGCCUACCUGAGUGUGUGUGUGUGCGGUAUGUCUGCUGCCGUGGCCUUCAGCUUCCUGGAAGAUCUUCGCUGGGAGUUCACAGCCAGCUUUGACAGCUCAGCGGUGGCCCAGGCGUGCCGGCCGUACCCGUUCCUGGAUUUCGACGGCGUGAUCCGGAAACUGCAGCAGCAUUAUAACCAGAGCGGAGGUCCUGCUCUUGGAGUCACUCUGAGCACAGUGCAGGAGGAGCUCAGCCUCAGUCCUCCUCACGUCCUCACCAUGGAGGAGAUUCAGCUCAGUAACGGAGUCGCAAACGGCCACGCCGAGCACACGGCCUCGUCAGGUCCGACUCAGAGGCUGGAGCCCGUAUCCGCUCCUGGAAUCCUGUCGCUUAUCCUCAACAUCAUGUGUGCUGCUCUCAAUCUGAUCCGGGGCGUCCACCUCAUCGAGUACACCUUCCAGGAUGAUUAUGAUGGAUUAUGGAAUGUCGUGGCAUUUCUUGUGGCGUUCAUGUGCUGUGUUUGCCAGUGCCAGCUUUAUUUAUUCCACUCAGCCCGGAAGAAAAUCAAGUCCUUCACACUCCUCACCGUGAUCGUCCUCUGUAACGGUUUCCUGUUCGGCCUGAGGAACGUCUGGCAGCUGGCCUUCCACAUGUCCGUGGCCUUCCUCUCCACCCUCCUAAUCCUCAACCGCAAACUACUGGACAGGAGCUCGGACUGUGGAGUGUGAGUUUAUACACACAUUCUGGCGGUGUCUGCUGGUGCUGCGUCUGAAAACACACAAGCAUAAAGCUACAGAUCCUGAUUAUCCUGAUCAUCCUGAGCUGAUCGUCGUCUUGCUUUGACGUUAAGCUCAUAAACAGCCUGAAGACUGAGGCGCCAGUGAUUGUUACAAAUGCACAUAUCCUCACGCUCGAAGUUUGUAAUUCUUAAACUACUGUGUACGUUGGAAUAAUAAAACCUAUUUUUAUAUUUUUACAUUUGUAAUGUUUAGAGAUGAAGUGUAUAGUGUAGAAGGUUUACCCGUAUUAAUAUAUUUGAAGCAAAUGUUUGUUGCAAACGUUUUGAUCAGGUCCCCCCCUCCGCCCCCAGAUUUGUAGACAGCAAAUGUAGAAAAAUUCCUGCAGGUUUACAUGAAGUACAAAAUCAGUUAUUUAUUAUUUUAAUUAAUGUACAUUUUUUGAAUGAAGGUUUGUUUGAAAAAGAGCUGAGAUUGUACUGUAUGAGAUUGUACCCGUGGUUAUAACUCGCCUGUGAGCUCUUAUGCCGUACACUACUGUUCAAAAGUUUGGGGUCGCUUUGAAAUGUCCUUAUUUUUGAAAGAAAAGCACUGUUCUUUUCAAUGAAGAUCACUUUAAACUAAUCAGAAAUCCACUCUAUACAUUGCUAAUGUGGUAAAUGACUAUUCUAGCUGCAAAUGUGUGGUUUUUGGUGCAAUAUCUCCAUAGGUGUAUAGAGGCCCAUUUCCAGCAACUCUCACUCCAGUGUUCUAAUGGUACAAUGUGUUUGCUCAUUGCCUCAGAAGGCUAAUGGAUGAUUAGAAAACCCUUGUACAAUCAUGUUAGCGCAGCUGAAAACAGUUGAGCUCUUUAGAGAAGCUAUAAAACUGACCUUCCUUUGAGCAGAUUGAGUUUCUGGAGCAUCACAUUUGUGGGGUCGAUUAAAUGCUCAAAAUGGCCAGAAAAAUGUCUUGACUAUAUUUUCGAUUCAUUUUACAACUUAUGGUGGGAAAUAAAAGUGUGACUUUUCAUGGAAAACACAAAAUUGUCUGGGUGACCCCAAACUUUUGAACGGUAGUGUACGUAUAUUUGAAUUUGGAGAAACCAAAUAAAAUAGAUGCUCAUAGAGUUCAGUAGAUCACACUGGAUUAAACAUGGAUUCACUCUCUAGCUGGUGGUAGGUUCUGUGUUGGAAACUUAAAGGUUGUGAGUUCAAAUCCUCUGAACUGAGCUACAUAAAGAAAAGGAACAUUUCUGUAAAACAUGUUAGGAAAAAGGUGUAUGGCAGAAGUAAUUCUAGGAUUGUACAGUAGGUAACAUAUACACGGUAACUACAGCUCUUGAGUGUUUAACCAUGUGUGUAAGUUUAAAUACAUGAUUUACAGUGCUGUGGGAAAGUCUUAGGUGAUGUCUUACUUUCUUUACAAGACAAAAAUAUCUAACAUUUGAUUUUGGUUGGAAAAUACUGUAUGAUUGGAAAUGUCUUUUACAGACACAAUAAUACAAAAGUCAGAAAAUGAGGGUCCAUGGUACUGUUGAGUGCUGGACAAACCUGCAGUAAUAAGGUUGUUCCACUCUUUUCCCGUUAUACAGCUUGUACCUGUAUGUGUAGCUCUCAGUAUGAUUUCUACGUCUCAGAUUUGUUCUUAAAGAAAUGUGCUUCUUCUACUUGUCCAUGAUCGAUACUGACCAAAUGAACGAUGGUUUGUUUUCGCUGCCAUAACUGCAUUGUCAAUUUUUACUAUUAGCUAAGAACAGGCUUGCAUAUAGGAAAGAUUUGUUUAUGUGAGUGACUUUAUCAUGGGUUGUGAAUAAAUUUUUGUUUUUUUAAA